CCAAACCUCGCCAUCCCCUAUAAAGAGGUCACCUUGCCUCAUAUAUCUUAUUGGCCUUUUCUUUUCCACUUUUGCUGGAAAUUGUUGCUUUCAAUUAUCUGGCCAUCUGCCGCUCAUCUUGGAGAAAACUCUAUUCUCCCGCCCUCCCUUUUAUGAGAACUUUCCGCUACUCUUGAUACCAUGGAUUCUCAGUCAUACCAGCCAUACCCAGACGAUGAUGGGCAAUCUUCUCAGUCCAUCCUUGGCCAGUUGUCUCAGUUUGGGCAGAAUGCCUCCAACAACAUCCAGAAGAGCUUCUCCGACAUGUCAACACAAGGCUGGCUUCGUCUCAUCAUGGUUGUAUGCACAUACUUGCUGAUACGACCUCACAUCAUCAAAUACUCAACCAAGCAUGCUGUCAAGAAGCUGGAGGAGCAGGAUGUGAAGGACAAGAAAUUCGCCGAGGACCAGGUUGCUAAAAUGUCGCCAAAUGACCUGCGUGGCCUGGGUGCGGUGGAAGAAGAAGAUGUGGACGCUGAUGAGGGUGCCGACGGGUCCAAGGCUAACUGGGGCUCAAAGGCACGAGUCAGGCAAAGGAAGACUUUGAGGAAGAUUCUGGAAGCCGAGGAGCAACGACGGUAUGAGGAGGAGAGUGACGAGGACAUCAGGGACCUCCUGGAGUAAGCAGGGGCAAAUUGGCUGGGCUAGCAACGGCCAUAUUCGAUUCUUGCUGAUUUUGCAUAUUUGCUAUCAAGGCUACUUGCUGCAAGCAUGUCAAUCGGUCUGGGAGCCGCAAUUGGGCUGAAGCCUAAAACCUCGAAAUACUCAAAAAAUCGGGUUGAGUGGAUGUGGCCAAAGUGGCCUUAUCAUGCAUUACGUCUUACAAAAUGAUUAUACCUAAUUAAUACAUACGUCACGAUCUCACGAAAGUGGAAUAAUAAUAAUCACAUAAUUUACACUCAA